AUAUUUUUGUUUGUUUCAGCAUAGCUCCAAAAAAAAAAAAAAAUGUGCAACUUUACAAAUCUGAACUUCUUCAAAAGUCUUCUCAUCUUUUUUGGUCCAAACACUACUCUUUCAUUUCUAAAAACUGAAAAAAAAAUUAUUAUCCAAACGGAUAACCACUGUAGAAAAAAAUAAUAUAUUUUUUUUUAACUCAAAUUAUUUUAGUUCCACUUCUCAAAAUCUCCUAUAUAUAUACUUGUUAAAUUUGUGAACUGAUAAAUAAAAACUAAUGAGUAGAAGAAUAUGGAUAAAAAUCAUGAUGAUGAUGAUGGUUAUCUUCCUCUUUUCGAAACAAAGUCAGCCAAGAGCCGUACACAAUUUAGAUUGUUCGUAGUAUCCAUGUUAGUGGGGAUAUGCUCUAUUUUUGUGUACAGAUUAAGGUAUAUACCAUUCCCAACAAAAGAAGAAGAAGGUGCAGUAGUCAUCUUAUUGGUUUGGAUUGGAUUGUUUGUGUCUGAGUUUUGGUUCACUCUUUAUUGGUUUGUCACACUUGUGGUUCGGUGGAAUCCCGUAUAUCGUCACACUUUCAAAGACAGACUAAUUCUCAAGUAUGGGGAGAAGGAUUUGCCGGGAGUAGACAUAUUUGUGUGCACAGCUGACCCAAAAGCAGAGCCACCGUUGAUGGUGGUGAACACGGUGUUGUCAGUGAUGGCUUAUGAUUAUCCUCCACACAAGCUUAGCGUCUACCUUUCUGACGAUGGUGCUUCGGAAUUGACAUUUUAUGCUCUGUUAGAGGCCUCUGAAUUCUCAAAGGAAUGGCUUCCUUUCUGUAACAAGUUCAAAGUAGAACCCAGGUCUCCUGAGGCUUAUUUCACCGAAAUUAAAGUUUCUCAACCACUCGAUGAUGAUGAUGAUGAUCAUAAUCCUAAUCAUAGUCAGUGGGCCUCCAUCAAGAGACUAUAUGUGGACAUGAAGACAAGAAUUGAAAGUGCCACAAAAGUUGGCCAAAUUUCAGAAAUUAUGCGAAGAGAACACAAGGGGUUUUGUGAGUGGGACUCUAUUUUAAGCAAACGUGAUCAUCAGACCAUUAUUCAAAUUCUUAUCGAUGGAAGAGACCCCAAGGCAGUAGACAUUGAUCAACAUCCUCUGCCUACUUUAGUAUACUUGGCACGUGAAAAGAGACCCCAGUACCACCAUAACUUCAAAGCUGGAGCCAUGAACUCACUGAUAAGAGUAUCGGGACAAAUUAGCAAUGCUCCGAUAAUUCUCAACGUGGAUUGCGACAUGUAUUCGAACAAUUCAGAGUCAGUGAGAGAUGCAAUGUGCUUCUUUUUAGAUGAAAAGAAAGGUCAGGAGAUUGCUUAUAUUCAAUUUCCCCAGGCAUUUGAGAACAUCACUGAGAAUGAUAUUUACAACAAUUCUUUAAGAGAUUUAAUGGAGGUUGAUCUUCGAGGAUUUGACUCUAAUGGAGGGCCUUGCUAUAUUGGAACUGGGUGCUUUCAUAGAAGGGAAUCUCUGUCUGGUAAGAAAUACAAUGAAGCGGAUAAAAUAUUACUAGAUUGUAAAAGAAAGAGUGAAGAUGAGGGAAUUAGUGCAGAAGCUCUAGAAGAAACAAGCAAAGUUCUUGCUAACUGUAGCUAUGAAGAAAACACUCUGUGGGGAAAAGAGAUGGGUUUGAUGUAUGGGUGUUUAGUGGAAGACAUGUUAACAGGACUUGUGAUACAAUGUAGAGGAUGGAGAUCAGUGUAUUAUAGUCCAGAGAGAAAAGCUUUUCUAGGAGCUGCUCCUACAACUCUGCUCCAGGUCCUUGUGCAGCAGAAGAGAUGGGCUGAAGGAGAUCUUCAAAUACUUUUGUCAAGGUAUUGUCCAUUGACCUAUGGCUACGGAAAAAUUCCCCUUGGACUUCGACUUUCAUACUUAGUCUACUUUCUAUGGUCCCUUAAUUGCUUCGCUUCACUCUACUAUGUCAUCGUCCCAUCACUUUGUCUUCUCAAAGGAAUCUCCUUAUUUCCUCAGAUGUCCAACAUAUGGUUUGUACCAUUUGUCUAUGUCUUCUUUGGCAACCGAGUGUACAGCCUUGGAGAACAUCUGAUGUGUGGAGGGUCAUACCGAGAAUGGUUCAACUGUCAAAGAAUGUGGUUGUUCAAAAGGACAACUUCUUUUUUCUUUGGUUUCUUGGAUAACAUGAUAAGGCUAUUGGGAUACAGUGGUGCAACCUUCAUCAUAACUGCAAAGGUGGUUGAUGAUGAUGUUUCUGAAAGAUACAAGAAAGAGUUAAUAGAAUUUGGUACUACUUCGCCAAUGUUCACCAUUUUGACGACCCUUGCAUUGCUCAAUGCCUUGGGCUUGAUUUGGGGUUUGAAGAGGUUGCUCUUCACAGAGCAGGGUUUGGUUCUGAACCCAUUUCUAUUGCAAGUGGCUCUUUGUUGUUUGUUGGUUUUCAUCAAUCUUCCGAUUUACCAAGCUAUUUUUACAAGAAAGGAUAAGGGUAGACUGCCCAACUCAGUGAUUUACCAAUCGAUUAUGCUCAAUCUAGUAGUAUGUUCGAUUGUACUUUAUUAGAAUAUUUGGCAAAAAAAAAAGUAAUAGUUGUACUUGGUCAAGCCAGCUUGAAUUACUCUGGUCAUUCCAUUUGUAAUUUAUAUAAGUUGAACUAUGAUCUUUAUGCUAUGGUUUUCUUUUUGUAGACUAAUUUCAUUUGUCUAAAAACUUUUCAUCA